GAUGCAAAGGUCCAGAUGUGGGGAUAUAGUGGAGGUGCUCUGGCGUCGGAGUGGGCUGCUGAGCUUCAAGCAAACUACGCCCCAGAGAUCCCCUUUGUUAGCAUGGCCAUCGGCGGGGUGACCCCUGACGUCAACAAUGUUUUCACCACAAUCAAUAAGGGUCUAUUCGCUGGUAUCGUUGCUGUUGGUUUUAUUGGCUUGGGAAACGCCUACCCUGACUUUGGAAAAUAUGUCCAGGACAGCCUCAAGCCCGAGACAGCUGAUGCUUUCAACCAAGCUGGUGAGAUGUGCUUCUACGGCGACGUGAAAACAUGUGCGGGUCAGGAUAUCUUCUCAUACUUCAAGCAAGGAAAGGCGAUCUUUGAUGACCCUAUCUCGAAAAACACCAUAAGGACCGGUGCGACCAUGGGUCUCCACGGCACCCCGUUUAUGCCUAUCUUCGUUUACAAGGCCGCAAAGGAUGAGAUUUCGCCCAUCGCCGACACUGAUGCGCUCGUGGACCAAUUCUGCAAGGCGGGUGUUUCGAUCACAUACGUCCGAGACUCCUUCGGCGAGCACUUCACCCAGGCCGCGACCAGCACCGGUGAUGUUCUCAACUACCUCACCGACAGGUUCAACGGUGUUCCCAUUUCAGGCUGCGAUAUCCGCAACGAGUUCUUGGAUCUUCUGGAUGCUGGCUCGCCUGGAAAGCUUGGUAUUUCGCUUGUCAUGGUUCUUCUGAGCGCUUUGGGUGUUCCGCUUGGUCAUAAUCACUUCUAGUGGUUCUGUGAUGAGCGGAGUGGGGAUGGUAGUAGGUGUACAUAGCUGUGUUAUCUUCUUUAUCUAGCGGUAAAUCUCGUCCGUAGAAUUACUCGCUAGUGUCUCGCAGUCUAGUAGCUGUAGAUACCUUUACCAAUGUUAAAAGAGCGCUUUUUCAGCAACACUCAGCUGCGUUUAGACCGUAUCAGUCGACUGUUUGCUGAGUGCUGACAUUCUAUAGAUGGCGAGGAAUGGUGCCAGCAUACUCGCCCUAAAUCAGAUCCAUGCGUCGCAGCUGAUUCCUUUUAACCCACCGGUCAGCAAAGUCAGGGUGAAUCUGGCCAACACCGACACAUUGAUACUGUCUAGUCUCG